CUGUUCCUCCCGCUGGCACCAAGGAUGGGGCCCUGUUCCUCCCGCUGGCACCAAGGAUGGGGCCCUGUUCCUCCCGCUGGCACCAAGGAUGGGGCCCUAUUCCUCCCGCUGGCACCAAGGAUGGGGCCCUAUUCCUCCCCCCUGGCACCAACAAUUGGGGCCCUAUUCCUCCCACUGGCACCAACAAUUGGGGCCCUAUUCCUCCCGCUGGCACCAACAAUGGGGCACGUUUCCUCCCACCGACACCAACGAUGGGGCACGAUGGGGCACGUUUCCUCCCACCGACACCAACGAUGGGGCACGUUUCCUCCCACUGACACUAAUGAUGGGGCACAAUUCUUCCCACUGACACCAAAGAUGGGGCACUAUCCCUCCCUCUGACAUUAAUGAUGGGGCACUAUCCCUCCCACUGACACCAAUGAUGGGGCAC